CUUAAGAAACACUAUCGCCGUAUAAAUAUACAGCAGAUAACACAAGCAAGGGCACUUGGUUAAUCAAUCAGCUCAAGGGAAAUGUCUAGGAUUCAUCCCACAGUAAUCAGCAACGGCGGCAUUGAGGAGGAGCAGCAGAUUCCAUGUGCAGCGGCUGCUGCUUCGGCGUGGACAGUGUGGAAGAAGUCCAGCAUGGCUUUUCAUGGCACCGAUGGCUUCUCCAUUUACGACGGCAAGGGAAAUCUCGCCUUCCGGGUGGAAAAUUACUCAAGGAAGCACAAGUGUUUUGCAGGGGAACUGCUGCUCAUGGAUGGAGCAGGGAACGCCCUCAUGGCCUUGAAGCCCCAGAUUUUGAGCCUGCACAAUCGGUGGAGCGGAUUCAGUGCUAACAAGACUCAAGUUUUCUCCAUGAGAAGGCCAUCCAUCUUUCAGAGUUGUGAUGGGGCAGAAGUGUUCAUGGAGCCGGCAAAGGGCCGAUCGCCGGCGCCUGAUUUCCAAACCGAAGGUUGCUUUAGUAGAAGAGACUGCAAGAUUUUGGGCGCGGAUGGUUGUGAAGUGGCUAGAAUGGGUCGGAAGAAGGCGAACAAGUCGAUCACUUUGGGGGACGAUGUGUUUAGCUUGGUCAUCCAGCCAAACGUGGAUGUUGAGCUUGUAAUGGCUUUUGUAGUCAUCAUGGACCGGAUAUGCUGGGGAUCAAGAUCUUAAUUAAAGCUAACAUAGGAAAUUGUUUCGUGCAUACUCAAUUAAUGCAUUUGCAAGUAAAAUGUAUCUGAAAAAUCCAUCCAAUGUUCAUAUGAAGGUUCAUCUAAAAUCAAAAUUUCAUGUCAUAAAGGGGGAAACAAAUAGUUCUCAGUAUACUCAUAAGAGAAGCCUCUAUAUAUCCUGAUUGCUGAGGACAUCAGAGAAGAGAAGAGAAGCCUCUAUAAAUAGUUCUCUGGCGGCGGGAGGCGGGGUUAUUUGAGGCCUCGGAGAAGAGAAGGGUGCGCAAUGGUGACCGACGUUGAAGAUGAUCCAGGAGACCGCUGCACCUGCGUGGAGUGACGAUCGCCAGUGAGGGAGAAGAACAAAGCUUUGUUAAGA